AUGGUGGUUUCUCAGGUUGUUGAGGGUGAUGGUGAACCAAUUGUACUGUCCAACAAGGUUGAUAAAGUUGCAGUGUCCUACAAGGUUGAAUCAGUUGUACUGUCCGUGGAGGUUGAAUCAGUUGCACUGUCCGUUGAGGUGGAAUCAGUUGCACUGUCUGUGGAGGUUGAAUCAGUUGCACUGUCCGUUGAGGUUGAAUCAGUUGCACUGUCCGUUGAGGUUGAAUCAGUUGCACUGUCUGUGGAGGUUGAAUCAGUUGCACUGUCCGUUGAGGUUGAAUCAGUUGCACUGUCCGUUGAGGUUGAAUCAGUUGCACUGUCUGUGGAGGUUGAAUCAGUUGCACUGUCCGUUGAGGUUGAAUCAGUUGCACUGUCUGUGGAGGUUGAAUCAGUUGCACUCUCUGUGGAGGUUGAAUCAGUUGCACUGUCCGUGGAGGUUGAAUCAGUUGCACUGUCUGUGGAGGUUGAAUCAGUUGCACUGUCCGUGGAGGUUGAAUCAGUUGCACUGUCUGUGGAGGUUGAAUCAGUUGCACUGUCUGUGGAGGUUGAAUCAGUUGCACUGUCCGUUGAGGUUGAAUCAGUUGCACUGUCUGUGGAGGUUGAAUCAGUUGCACUGUCCGUUGAGGUUGAAUCAGUUGCACUGUCCGUAGAGGUUGAAUCAGUUGCACUGUUUGUGGAGGUUGAAUCAGUUGCACUGUCCGUGGAGGUUGAAUCAGUUGCACUGUCUGUGGAGGUUGAAUCAGUUGCACUGUCCGUUGAGGUUGAAUCAGUUGCACUGUCCGUAGAGGUUGAAUCAGUUGCACUGUCCGUGGAGGUUGAAUCAGUUGCACUGUCUGUGGAGGUUGAAUCAGUUGCACUGUCUGUGGAAGGUUCAUCAGUUGCACUGUCCGUGGAGGUUGAAUCAGUUGCACUGUCCGUGGAGGUUGAAUCAGUUGCACUGUCCGUUGAGGUUGAAUCAGUUGCACUGUCUGCGGAGGAUGAAUCAGUUGCACUGUCCGCGGAGGAUGAAUCAGUUGCACUGUCCGUGGAGGUUGAAUCAGUUGCACUGUCCGUGGAGGAUGAAUCAGUUGCACUGUCCGUGGAGGUUGAAUCAGUUGCACUGUCCGUUGAGGUUGAAUCAGUUGCACUGUCUGCGGAGGAUGAAUCAGUUGCACUGUCCGCGGAGGAUGAAUCAGUUGCACUGUCUGUGGAGGUUGAAUCAGUUGCACUGUCCGUUGAGGUUGAAUCAGUUGCACUGUCUGUGAAGGUUUCAUCAGAUUCACUUUCCGAGGAGGAUAAAUCGGUUGCACUGUCUGUGGAGGAUGAAUCAGUUGCACUGUCUGUGGAGGAUGAAUCAGUUGCACUGUCAGUGGAGGAUGAAUCAGUUGCACUGUCCGUGGAGGAUGAAUCAGUUGCACUGUCCGUGGAGGUUGAAUCAGUUGCACUGUCCGUGGAGGUUGAGUCAGUUGCACUGUCCGUGGAGGAUGAAUCAGUUGCACUGUCAGUGGAGGAUGAAUCAGUUGCACUGUCCAUGGAGGAUGAAUCAGUUGCACUGUCCGUGGAGGUUGAAUCAGUUGCACUGUCCGUGGAGGUUGAGUCAGUUGCACUGUCCGUGGAGGAUGAAUCAGUUGCACUGUCUGUGGAGGAUGAAUCAGUUGCACUGUCUGUGAAGGUUUCAUCAGAGUCACUUUCCGAGGAGGAUAAAUCAGUUGCACUGUCUGUGGAGGUUGAAUCGAUUGCACUGUCUGUGGAGGUUGAAUCAGUUGCACUGUCCGUGGAGGUUGAAUCAGUUGCACUGUCCGUGGAGGUUGAGUCAGUUGCACUGUCCGUGGAGGAUGAAUCAGUUGCACUGUCUGUGGAGGAUGAAUCAGUUGCACUGUCCGUGGAGGUUGAAUCAGUUGCACUGUCCGUGGAGGUUGAAUCAGUUGCACUGUCCGUGGAGGUUGAAUCAGUUGCACUGUCCGUGGAGGUUGUAUCAGUUGCACUGUCCUUGGAGGUUGAAUCAGUCGCACUGUCUGUGGAGGAAGAAUCAGUUGCUCUGUCCGUGGAGGUUGAAUCAGUUGCACUGUCUGUGGAGGAUGAAUCAGUUGCACUGUCCGUGGAGGUUGAAUCAGUUACACCGUCCGAGGAGGAUGAAUCAGUUGCACUGUUCGUGGAGGUUGAAUCAGUUGUACUCUCCGUGGAGGUUGAAUCAGUUGCACUGUCCGAGGAGGAUGAAUCAGUUGCACUGUCCGUGGAGGAUGAAUCAGUUGCACUGUCCGUGGAGGUUGAAUCAGUUGCACUGUCUGUGGAGGAAGAAUCAGUUGCACUCUCCGUGGAGGUUGAAUCAGUUACACUGUCCGUGGAGGAAGAAUCAGUUGCACUGUCCGUGGAGGAUGAAUCAGUUGCACUGUCCGAGGAGGUUGAAUCAGUUACACUUUCCGAGUAGGUUGAAUCAGUUGCACUGUCCGAGGAGAUUGAAUCAGUAGCACUGUCCGAGGAGGUUGAAUCAGUUGCACUGUCCGAGGAGAUUGAAUCAGUAGCACUGUCCGAGGAGGUUGAAUCAGUUGCACUGUCCGUGUAGGUUGAAUCAGUUGCACUAGAGGUUGUUGGACCCGUUGUACUAUCAGAGGAUGUUGGUUCUGGAGAAGUACCUAUGGUUGUUUGAUCCGU